AUCUUAUAUAAGACUAAAAACGUAACUAACACAUACAUUUAAGUUCCCUUUGUAACACAUGUAAAUGUAAUGUAGCAAAUGUAAAGAGUACACCACGAAUCAGGAAACUUUUGUUUGGCCAUUUGUACCAUAAUAGUUAAUACUUACACAUAUGUGGAAAUGAGUGUGUGACUAUUUCUGCGUGAAUCAAAUACAUGUACCUUAAAUGAUGUAAACAGUAGAUCUAUCAAUUGUACAUCUAUGGGAUACAUACUCAUCGAUGGGUCAUUAGCUCUGAAGUUGAUUAGUCGGUCCAAAAAUACACCUGAUCAUCAUGAAAUUCAUAUAUAUAUAUAUAUAUAUUUAUAUGUUUGUGUGUGUAAAAUCAAUUAAAGAUUUAUUCAUGCAUGCAAGUGUCCAUCAAAGUAGUACGAAUGAACAAUUAUGAAGGGUUCUUUUGGCACUUUACUAAAUGUAAUAAUGAACACAAUAUUGGCAAGUCAACUCGUGAUGAUAAAUUUUUGGUUAAUAGAAACAAAAAUGAGUUUUUGUUUUGUUGUCACUUUAUAAUCAGACAGUUCCAUAUAGUUCACUGGUCCGUCCAAUGCAGUCUCCUCUUCCAACAUGUUUUCUUCCUUUUAUCCGUGUAAUAUCAUCACCACUUGGGGACUGUUUUUUUUUUUUCCUUUUUACUUUUGAAAUUCAUGAUGAAUACUAAUUAAGUAGCUAGUUGAUAUGCAUAUUCAUGAAAAUACAUUUGGACGAAUGAUCAAAUCAAGAAACCUGCUGAUAAUUUUAGUUAAUGACUUUUGUUCCGGAUUUAAAUAUUUGCAUUUCUCUUGAUAUUAAUGAUUCAAUUUUAAUUGUUUGGACCAUGCGUUUGCUGACAACUUCGAUUCAUUUUGACAACUCUACAACUAAUUUACAUCUUAAUAAGAAUCAAAAUGGAAGACAAUCGUGUACCAUAUAUACUUUAGCGGCAGCCCUUAUAUAUUUGUUAAAUCUCUAAAUCCCAUGUUUAAUAUUGUUGAAUAUAUAUAUGAAAUACGUACGUAGAUGAAACUAUUAUAUGUAUUUGACGAUAGAAGAAUAGAGUGGGGAAAAAAAAUAUAAGACCCGAUCAUUAUAUCAGAAUUCAAACUCUUUCACAUUGAUUUUAGUCAAAUUUACUAUUGAAAUCCUCAUAAACGUACAAUAAUCAUCUAGAGAGAUAAAGAAGGGUUUACCAAAACCAAAACAAACAAAAAAAUCAAGAGCGGCCAAAUAAACAUAUUUUUAACAGUUUGUUUUAAUCUAAUUUCAUCAAAACGAAAAGAGAAAAUGAAUAAUUGGAAAAUUGGAAAUCUAUUUUUUCAAACAAGAAAAAUAAAUAUGCAUGCAUGUCAAUCAUGUUGACUUCUCCACACCCAUAGCUUUCGAGACAAAAUGAAAUAUAAAACUAUUGGUUCCCCAAAUAAUAAUAAUAAUAAUAAUAAUAAUAAUUGAUACGAUGUGUCCAGAUCCAAGUCUCUCAUUAAAAGGACACAAAUUCAACCACUCCUCCAUAAACACAAAAGGUCCAUCCUAAAAAAAGGCAAGUAAGAGAUAACCAUUUCUCUCUUUUUUUUCUCUUCUUCGAACUUCAAUUCACUAACGAGAGAAAUGGGAAGAGCUCCAUGUUGCGACAAGACAAAAGUGAAGCGAGGGCCUUGGUCGCCUGAGGAAGACUCUAAACUUAGAGAUUACAUCGAAAAGUAUGGUAAUGGUGGAAAUUGGAUCUCUCUCCCCCUUAAAGCCGGUUUGAGGAGAUGUGGGAAGAGUUGUAGAUUGAGGUGGCUAAACUAUUUGAGACCAAACAUAAAACAUGGUGACUUCUCUGAGGAAGAAGACAGGAUCAUUUUUAGCCUCUUCGCUGCCAUUGGAAGCAGGUGGUCAAUAAUAGCAGCUCAUCUACCGGGAAGAACAGACAACGACAUCAAAAACUAUUGGAACACAAAGCUAAGGAAGAAACUCUUGUCUUCUUCAUCUUCUUCCUCUUAUUCACCAUCAGCCAUGGCUUCUCAUCUAAACCCUAAUUCUCAGGAUGUGAAAAGACCAUUAACCCCAUCAACCACAAUCCCAUCUUCUUCUUACAAUCCGUAUGCUGAAAACCCUAAUCACUACCCAACAAAAUCACUCAUCUCCAGCAUCAAUGGCUUUGAAGCUGAUGAAAAACAGAUUUUUCCCUAUAUUAGCCCUAAUUAUCCUCAAGAUCCCUCUCUCUCGGACAGCAGCAACAACACCUGGGAAGCAAGUGGUUUCUUGCUCAACCACAAUAUGUGUGAUCACUACAACAACCACACCAGUUUUUCCUCAAACGUCAAUGGGAAGAGAUCAGAAAUUAUGAUGAAGCAAGAAGAAACAAUGAUGAUGAUGAUGAUAGACCACCACAUUGACCAGAGGACAAAAGGGUACAAUGGGGAUUUCACACAAGGGUAUUAUAACUACUACACUGGGCAUGGGGAUUUGAAGCAAAUGAUUAGUGGAACAGGCACUAAUUCUAACAUAAACAUGGGUUGUUCAGGUUCAUCUUCUAGUUCGAUAAGCAACCUAGCUGAGAACAAAAGCAGUAGUAGCCUCCUACAACACAAGUGCUUGCCCUAUUUCUACUCCUAGUUCUUAUAGAUCGUCUUAUAUAAAUAUAUCUUGGAC